GUCAGGGUUCAGAGGUGACGACAACAACAUGGCAGCCUCCGAGCUCAGAGCCGAGCUGAGAUACAGAGACGGAGAGACGAAGAAAUUCACCAUUAAAACAGAGAAUAGCCUGAAAUCAGUGAUCAGCAGCGUCAAGAAACUAAGUGCUGAAGUGUCCGAGGUUCUGACUGAUCUCGUGGAGCAGGAGAAGAGUUUAACCGGCCGCGAUAACGCAGACUCUCGUGUAGAUGGUGAGGAGGAAGAUGAUGAUGAUGACAGUGAUGAACAUGAAGAUGAAAAAGAAAAAGCAGCAACAGUUGAAAUCAAAUCAAACUCAGGAGGACCUCCAGCAAAACGUCGGAAGGCUUCAAAGCCUUGACCUUGUCGUGUGUUCUCCAUGUGACGUGGAUUCUAUAAGGGAAUAUUGCAAUGUUAUGGCAGAAUGCUGAAUGAUAAUGGGUGAAGGUGUGAACAUAUCUACCCUCACUAAUCCAGCUCCAGAUGUGGAAAUGGACCUUCGGCAGCUGGAAAGCGAGUUAUGUGCCUAGAGGCUGAGGUCUUUUUGCCAAAUGUUCCAAAUAUUGGAUGCCUCCACUUAUGGGAAUGACAUUUUUUGGUCAUGUUGGAUCUGCUUAUUAAGAAAGAGAAAUGUACUUGCAUUGGUGGGAACUUUAGUGAAACUUCUUUUUGUCAAACCAAACUAAGAAAAUUCAUAUUUUCACACAAAUUCAUACAAAAAUAGAAAUGGCCAGGUGAUUUGAGAUUUAAGUUGAAAUUCAAUAAUAAUACAAGACACAAAUUUCUAACCUGGCCCUUUGAUACUGAUAGCUUUGAGUAUGUGUGUUUUCCUGCUCUAACACACCUAUUUCAUUUAAAGAAGGGCUGGCUGAAUAAGCUGAUUAGCUGAAUCAGGUGUGUUGAGAGGCAUUUUUACAGCAGUUUCGAAUAUACAUUUUAUUAAGGAAACUUCAACAAAGGAAUUCUGGACUGAUUCUUACAUCCAAUAUUUUGCAUGUGUUCAUUUUUAAUUCAGAUACUGUGUCAAUGUCUAUACUGAUGCAUAUCUACCAAUAAAAUGUUCUUUUCUCA